AUAAACAACUAAAAUCCAAACAUAAAGGUAUGUCAACAACUGUGAACAAAAGCACUAGCAGAGCAGAGCAUAUCAUCGUUACCCUGAUCACUAGGUUUAAUAUAUAGAAACAAUAAAAUAUUUUCUGUACAAAAUUUGGGGAUUCAAGUUUAUCCAAUCCAUACUGUAGCAAUAGUCAAAAUACAACUUCUACACGAAUCUAAGGAUGAUAUGGAUUAGUCUGGGACUCUCUAUGGAAUCAAAAAUCCGCUUCUUCAACCAAACGGCCCGAUGGUUUCCUCCCUGCCUAGCAACCAAACUGAAACCGGACCCACUCCCUGCAAAUCCUAUAUAUAAUAACCGCUGCCUAUACAAUAACACCCAGCAACCACGUCUUGCUAUUUUCCACAAAAUUCCAAUUUCUUACUCAUUCACCGCUUCAGCUGCUCGCAAUUGACUAGGCUUGAUGGUUACCUGAUUGAUGGUUUCUGAUACGGUGGCUGUAGAUAUUAUAGUCAACUACUAUGGCAACCAGGAUGGGCUUUAGAUACGUAUCUCGCAGGUUCUUGACUAGUGGGACUGGGAAGAUACUCAGUGAGGAGGAAAGGGCUGCAGAAAAUGUUUUCAUCAAGAAAAUGGAGCAAGAGAGAUUGGAGAAACUUGCUCGCAAGGGACCCAAACCAGAGAAGCCUGAUGCAGGUUCAGGGGGUAGUGUGACCGAUGCUAAACCUAGUAGCUCUACCUCAACAACAGGAGCAUUUACUGAGAAAGUGUCAACUGACAGGAUGCAGGAACCUGCUGAAGAGUUGGCACUGAUCUUGGAUUCUAAAGGAAAUCUCAUGUCCUUGAUGAAACAGGUUUGUGGAAAAGUGAAUGCUUCAUCAAUUCAAUAUGAUAUAAUUUGUUCAUAUGAAAGCUUAAAUGUAAAGAACUGCGAUCCAUGAUUGUACAGAAGGUUAACCAAACCACUCAUCACACCGAAAAGAUACAUUAAACGAUUCACAAGUUCCAAACUGAACAGAUUCACAGUAAUUAUUCAAAGUAUCUUAGGCCCCAGAUGAUGUUAAGAGUAUCAUUCAACGCCAUGCUUCAACACGUUCUAUCUUUGAAUCUAUGCAGCUUAAAUUGCUUAUUCCUUUGGUCUUGUCAUCAAGGUUGGUUAUCUGAGGUACAGAUUGCUGCCCGCUGAUUUUGUCAGUUUCCUUCUUGAGACUUGAAUUACUUGAUUGACCAAUAUUGUUCUCUCCAGUAUUAGCCAGAGUACCAGGCUUCAGACGGUUGGCUACAAUGGCAUCUGUUUCGUUCAUGAAGGUUUCAACCACAGCUGCAGUCUCAUCUGAAUGAUCUGCAUCAGGGACUAGACCUUUGACAGUCGGUGUUGAACUGUGAUCUUCAUUUUUCAUCUCAUUGUUCAGACUAUAUUUCCUGAAACUUUCACUUAAAGGUUCUUCAGCUAUGAAGGACAGCUCUUUCUCUUCAUUAUCCUUUCCAGUAUCUUGACUGCAGGAGAUUGAAGGGCUCUGAUCUCCAUUAUCAUCAAAAGGCUCCAAAUGUAUGGCCGCAGCUGGCUCGACCACUGAAUCCUCUCUUUCUCGCAGGGUCCUUACGAUAAGUGUCUUGAGGAAGUUCAUCACUUGGACCGCAUACAUCAGUGCAUUCAAGGGAUCUGCCAUCUGCAACCAAAAUAAGCGAUAAGCGGCAGCCAGCAGUCAGCACAAUAUAUGCAAGUAUGCAUGUAUGUGUGUGAAGAUUAAAAGAAGCUCACCUGAGUCAUGUUUGGUGCAAAAACCAUAGCAAUAUUGCGUGCGUUCAUCUUGUUUAGAUGUUGUUGUUGAACGACAUCAGCCAUGAGAUUGAUGGCCCAAUCGAGUAGAGCAAAUUCUGUUGGGGGUAUAAAUCUUGCAAGCUCAGCACACUGCUCUUCAGUCUGGCAUUCCAUUACUUGCUCAGGAGAUAAAGAAUCCAAAACUCCUCUUGGAAGUUCUCUGAACCAAGCCUAAGCAUAAUCGACAGCAAAUUAGUAUAUUAGGGUUUGAAGAACAUGAAAGUAACUUCAAAAAGCAUGGCCAUUUCUCCUCAGAUGCAUGUGGAUUUGCAAGUGGGAUUGAAGUGCUAUUUUCGUACCUUGAUUAAUCCUGCCAAACAAUGUACGUCAAUACCUUCUGGAACCACUCCGCCAUUCAGUUGCUCUCUAACAUAUUCCUCCUGACUGUUUUCUGCAUUAAUUCGAAAAAUCCCUUCUGCCUGCAUGUAUGAAGUCUAUGGUAAGGGCUUGGGGCUGAAAACUUAGAAACCUUCUUGAGAAUUUCCAGUCAUAUAGAUAAGAGAGAAUGUUGAAGAAUUGGAUGUCCUCCUAUGUUGAGCAAUAGCAAAGAUAAGAUGAAGUAUGAAAAUAAGAAAGAAAACCUGCAAGCCUCCUUGAGCAUACAGACGUCUUUGCAUUAGCAAAAGUAUUGUUGGAACGAUGUUCCCUCUGGAGUCAUACGACAACUGCAUGGAUUCUGUGGAAACUCCAAAAACAGUUGUACUGCAAAAAGAAGGAACAAAAACACGAAUUAAGAGAUAUGCUGAUCUCGGAUGUCUGUUUUUUUUCUUUAUUUUUUUUUUUUGGGGGGGGGGGUUCCUUUCUCUACAUGCCAUGAAUGCCCUACAAGGCUACAUGAAGAAACAGUAAAUGGAACUUCCAGUUUCAUAACAAUUGAAUUUGAAUAUUCAAUAUAUGGUGCGCAGAUAGAGUUUCCGCGCAGCAUCAGUGGAA